AAAAAAAUCAUACGCAUUAAUUUAAGUUUUUUCUCGGAUCUUCUGGCCGGUUUGUAUUCGGACCUUCCAUAAUAACCAAGCCGUCAGGUUACCACGGCGGCGCUACCGCCGCUACCAGAGGCGUAUGAUGACCUCUCUACUCCGCAGAGCGGCGUCAAGCCUCCGCUCCAACUCUGAAAAACGUCACUUUUUUGCACAUGCGACGCAUCGCAUGGAGGAGACUGGUUUAUAUGGAUGCAAUCAUCUGAAAACCCCCAAGGGCUUUCAGCGUUUUGUAGAUGAAGCCAUUGAAAGGUCUAAUGAACUUGUUGGCUACAUUUCUCGAAUGCCUUCAUCUGCUGAAAUUAUUAACGCCAUGGAUGAAAUAUCAAACACCGUAUGCCAAGUGGUGGAUUCCGCAGAACUUUGCAGACACACACAUCCUGACAGGGAUUUUGUUGAUGAGGCAAUGAAGGCAUCAAUGAGGAUUAACGAAUAUCUACAUUAUCUAAAUACAAAUCUUACUCUAUACAAUGCGGUGCUGAAAGCUGAUCAAGAUCAGACUCUAACAAGCAAUGAAGCUAAAAGAGUUGCACGUGAUCUUCGCAUUGAUUUUGAAAAGGGUGGAAUUCAUCUAUCUGCAGAAAAGAAAGAUCGAGUGAGUCAACUCAAUAUUGAAAUCGCCAGAUGCUGUGCACAGUAUAAUGAAAAUAUAGCCAAGGAUCCAGGUCAUGUGGAUAUAUAUCCAGCAUCACGUAUACCAAAGAACUUACAUCAUCAUGUUAAGCCUGUUAAUCGGUCAACUUCACCAGGUCAAAAAGUCAACAUCAGAGAAAAAGGGUUCCGAAUAGUAACAGAACCAAGCACUGUGUCAGCUGUUUUGCAAUGGGCAUAUGAUGAUGAGGUUAGGAAAAUGACAUAUAUUAAAAGUAAUUCCGUACCACGUGCAAAUCUUGGAGUUCUUGAUAACCUAAUUGCUGCACGUCAUGAAAUUUCUCAGAUCAUGGGGUAUAAAUCAUAUGCUGAAUAUGCUUUGAAUUCAAAUAUGGCUUCAUCUCCGGAUGUUGUAUCGCCUUUUUUAGUUGAGCUGAGUAAAACUGUACAGCCGAAAGCAUUUGAGGAGUUUGAGUCAAUUUGUAAGUUCAAAAGAGAAAAAAAUGGUGACCAAGAUAUAGGAUUAGAGCCAUGGGAUGAAGCAUAUUUUACACGGUCAAUGAAAUCAGCUGCUUACAACUUGGACUUUUCGGUUGUAGCUUCGUAUUUUUCUUUGACACAAUGUCUUGAGGGUCUUAAGAUUCUGGCUGAAUCCUUGUUUGGAAUGAAAUUCCUAAAUUGUCCUCUUGCACCCGGUGAAUCAUGGCAUCCAGAUGUGAUGAAAAUGGCCCUUCAUCAUCCUGAUGAGGGGGAUUUGGGGUAUAUAUACCUUGAUUUAAAUUGUAGACAGGGGAAGUAUCCUGGUUGUGCUCAUUUUGCCAUUAGAGGAGGGCGUAGACUUUCCAAAACAGAAUACCAGCUGCCAGUGAUUGCCCUUGUGUGCAACUUCUCAAAGCCACAUAAUUCAUCAAUCGUGAGACUUAACCACUCUGAUGUGGAUACCCUUUUCCAUGAAUUUGGACAUGCUCUUCAUUCUUUACUUUCACGAACAGAUUAUCAACAUUUUUCAGGUACCAGAGUGGCUUUUGAUAUGGCUGAAACUCCUUCCAACCUUUUUGAAUACUAUGCGUGGGAUUAUCGGGUCUUGAAGAAAUUUGCUAGACAUUAUUCCACUGGCGAUUCCAUUCCCGAGAAACUUGUGGAGUCGAUGGUGGGAGCCAAAAAAAUGUUCUCUGGAAUGGAAUUGCAGCAACAGAUAUAUUAUGCAUUGGUUGAUCAAACACUGUACGGUGAUCCGGCAUUGCGGACAAUCGAUACCACUUCAAUUGUUGCGGAUUUGAGAAAGCAGCAUACGAAUUGGGAACAUGUGAAGGGCACACAUUGGCAAACGCGAUUCAGUCACUUACUAUAUUAUGGUGCAGGUUAUUAUAGCUACUUGUAUGCAAAGUGUUUUGCAUCAACCAUAUGGGAAAGAGUAUGCAAGGAGGAUCCGUUGUCAUUAGAGACUGGUACUGCUAUUAGAACAAAGUUACUGCAACAUGGUGGAGCUAAAGAUCCUGCACAGUUACUCAAUCAUCUUGCUGGUGAUGGGAUUACAAGGAGCUACCAAAAUCAUGGACAUGGAGGAGAGAAGGAAAUUAAGCAGGUCUGGUGUGACCAAUGA